GAAUAUCGCAUUAUUUUCCUAAAACUGAUACGAAAAGCUGUCAGUCAUUUUCGUUUCUCGAAACAAGUAGAACAUCUCUCAGUCGCUAUAAUGGAUUAUAUGAUGGUAGUUUAUAACAUAGAUCCUAAUAGUUAUCAUCUAUUCGUCAUCACGUGUGUAAUUAUUGCCUGUAAGAUUAUCUCUUUUUUUUACUUUGUCAUUUGUAAGGGUUAAAGGUCUACAGGUAAACUGGAAGAUCUUGAAGACAACAUUCCUUUAUUUAGUGCCGUCAACGACUUUUUGUCUCCGAUUUCGUUUCCAAAAAAGACCUACUAUUCCAUGGAAGUCAUUAUUCUAAAAUCAAUGAAUUUUCAAGUACAUUUACCAACUGUUGCGACAACAAUUGACUAUUUAUUGGAAGGUUCCAUAUCGAUGCAAGAUUGUAAAGUUGAAGAAAUGGUUGUCUUAAAAAGAGAACUACGAAAAUAUGUUGAUAAGGUACUUAACAAAACCUUAGAUAUUGUAUUUCUUCGGCAAUUUCGUCCAUCAUGUAUCGCCGCCACAUUAAUUGUCGCUGGAAGAAUAAGCUUAGAGCUGUCUCCUAUGCCUCCGCAUUUCAUAUUAUUAUCAGGAUACUCAUUUGAGGAGAUCAAAGAUGUAAUGCCUAUUAUUUUAAAUUUACAACAAGAGGACGACUUAUGUUCUAUUUAUAGUCAAAUUGCAACUCCUGAACAUCCAACAGAUGCAAUCGACAAGCAAAUAGUCAUGGAUGACAAGCGAAUACACAGGAAGAAGUCUAAUCGCAGUGCUCAACGAAUGUUGUUUGAUUAA